AUGCCGACACGCCAGGACUCCCCGCUUGGCGAUAUUCCCAGCACUGUUGACUCUAACAGCUCACACGCGAGCUCGUCGUCGUCGGUUUUCAGUAGUGCUGCGACUCGGCUACCCACCCCCAGCGCCUCCCGCGUCUCUCAUAUGCCCUCCGUCUCAUCACCUCUUCAUCACUCUCAUUCAACAACCUCAUUGGCACAGGAUCCGAUACCUUUGAAGACUGAAAGAUCACCGAAUGGGUCGGGCUCGAGAUCUCACCCUCCGCCUAACGAUGUGAUGGGUAUAGAACGUGAGAUUGCUCGAGAGCCGUGGCCUUCUGUCAAAGGCAAAAGGUGCACAUACGACCCGAUUCUCGAUCGUUUGCGCAACAGAGCCGUCAGCAAGACGGCGAAGCCUGUCUUCAAAGAAUUUGGGCUCGAUGAUACACCUACACCUCAAGAUCCGCGCCUAGCGAAAGGCGGCCGCUUAGGCUAUAUCAAUACCGAUUUCUAUCUACCACGAUCGCGCUUCUGUCCCGCCCCAGAAAACCUGAAGCCAUACGCCUACGAUCCCAAGACUUCUAUUGGCCCCGGGCCUCCGACACAAAUCGUUGUCACAAGAUACAACCCGCUGAUUCCUUUCAACAAAGUCACCGCCAUAUUCGCUACAUUUGGCGAUAUUGCCGAAAGUAGCAACAAAAUGCACCCCGAGACCGGUAGCUACCUCGGGUUUGCUACCAUCCGGUACCGUGACUCCAAGCGAGCCGAUCGGCCCCCGAUAUCUGCUAUCGACGCAGCGCGACGAGCCGUUCAGGCUCGAGGGAUCAAGGUAGACUCUGAAAUGGUCAAGGUCGACUAUGAUCCUGAGGGUAGAAGAAGUCGCAGAAUGCUUGAGGGUCACUUACGCCGUGACCGAGAGAAACUUGAUAGAGAAAAAUUGGCACACGCUGCGCUUGUCGCAAAAGCGUCUGCAGAUCCCAGGCCACCUCCCAGCUCCUUCUCUAGGCCACCACCGACAGGUCCAAAAGGGCCAACUACUUCGCGGCCUUUACAGCCACCAACAAUACAACCUAACCCGCCUCCUGCGGCUGUAAACCGUGCUCCGACAAACCUCGAGCCGAAGGACAUAUCUACCCAACUUGCGAAUGAUCCUUACAUCUUCAUUGAUUGUGAAAGUGUCCCGUUGCUUACAAGCAUUCUGCCGCACAUGAAGAAGCGAUUAAAGAACUACGCGUUCGACGACAUUCGGAUCGACAAAACCGGCUAUUAUGUCCUUUUUAAGAACUCCUUCACUGGAAAGAUGGAGGCUGAACGUUGCUUUCGAGCUGUCAAUCACACUGAGUUCUUCACCUACAACAUGUCCAUGCAGCUAUGCUUGCCGAGAACACGAGCUGUGACGCCUGUGGAUCGCAAAAGAAGUCCGAGUCCUGAACGCAACACACGCCGGGCGCAGCAGCUCAAAGCCGAAGAAGAUCUUGCUCGACGCCGACGAGAGGACGAAGCCGACAUUGAAGAAGAGAGGAAACAGAGAGCUAAAAACUUCGAUCCCGUCAUGGAGGCCGUCCAAGUUGUGCAACGAGAGAUGAUGGAGCAUUUGAUUCGUCACAUACGAACGCAAGUUGCCGCUCCGUCACUCUCGGACUUUCUUGAUCCAGCCAAUCACACCGCGAAGCGUCGUCAGCUCAAUAUUGACAUGACUGAGGAAGACGAUGAUGCCACUUUGACAGAUGCGUUUGAUACAUCCAGAAUGGGAACUCCAAACUCGCGCGCGGAUCCUAUCGAGCGCAGAACUGGGAGGUUUGAGGUCAAGUCAUUGCCAAAGAUCCGCAAAUCCAAGACCAAGGGAACAGCACAUCGCAGCACGUCUAUGGCCCCAUUUGCGCGGAAGCGAGGUUCCGUUCCUAGGCCAGCCUUUAGAUCUCUACAUCACCGUCUCAAGAGCUUCGACAGUGAUUUUGAGUCGGAUGACGAUACGGAUGCAAAGACUCUCGCGGCGGUUGAGGCUGAAGGGGUCCUCUCUCGCCCACAAAGCCGCAUGAGCACGGAUGAAGAUAGUUGGGCUCCGGGCGAAGAAGAUUCCAUGACGGAAGCCAGCCUAGCAUUAGUCGACAAGUCUUUGUCAAAGAAGCGAAAGCUCGUUUCGGCCGCUGAUAUGGCAUCGAAACGUCAGAAGAAGCUAGAUGAUGAUUCCUUCGCCGUCAAGUUUGACGAUGUCACGAUGGAACUAGUUGAAGACAUGGCCGCCGAAGCUGAUGUGGCCGAUGAUAAUGACAGCAGUCUUUCGAGAUCGCAAACGCCGCUAUCAAGUGUUCCCAAGGGAGCAAAGAAGAAAACCGUCAAGCCGAGGUCAGCCAUUGCAAGACAGGCUCUGGAAGAGCAGGAGAUCUCGUCCCAGAACGCAGAGGACGAGGACACGCCAGAGGUCCAAACUCUACCCACAAAGUCCACCCCAGCGCCGCAAGAGCCACAGAAGUACGACGAGCGGAUAUUUUCGACGGAGCCACUCUCCAAAGCACUUCGCCUGCCGGAUAGCUUCAAGCCUGAUAUUUCUGCGCUUGAGCUUCUACGACUUGGUGCGAAAGACAGUCCUGAUCUGGCAAAGCUAGGGAGGAGGUUCCAGACCGCCGAGAUUGGCAACGCCGAUAUCUGGCUUUGGCAAAAGCAGCGAAUCCGAGAACUAAACGCAGGUGGCCCAUCUGUGCAAAAGCCGGUAUCGAUAAGUGGAUACUAUGUUCCAAAUCCUACAGGCUGUGCACGAACAGAAGGCGUCAAGAAGAUCCUCAACUCUGAAAAGUCCAAGUAUCUGCCUCAUCAUAUCAAGGUCCAGAAGGUGCGCGAAGAGCGGGCAGCGCGCGUGAAGAAUGGCAAAGACGGUGUGAAUACUACAAUGGACGCUUCGAAGAUUGCAGCGGAGAAAAUGAUUGCAAAGGGCAACUCAAGAGCCAACCGAGCAACCAAUCGUCGAUAUGUCGCAGACUUGAACGAUCAGAAGAAGACUCUUGGACAAGACUCUGAUGUAUUCAAGUUCAACCAGCUUAAGAAGCGGAAGAAGCCCGUGAAGUUUGCCAGAUCUGCUAUUCAUAAUUGGGGCUUGUAUACCAUGGAAGACAUCCAUAAGGAUGACAUGAUUAUCGAGUAUGUGGGCGAAGAAGUCCGUCAGCAGAUUUCGGAGAUUCGCGAAAAUCGAUACCUCAAGAGUGGCAUCGGCAGCAGUUACUUGUUCCGCAUCGACGAGAACACUGUCAUUGACGCAACGAAGAAGGGUGGUAUUGCGCGGUUCAUCAAUCACAGCUGCAUGCCAAACUGCACAGCUAAGAUCAUCAAGGUCGAGGGCAGCAAGCGCAUUGUCAUCUAUGCCCUUCGCGACAUCACUACGAACGAAGAACUGACAUACGACUACAAAUUCGAACGUGAGAUUGGCAGCCUGGACCGAAUCCCAUGUCUGUGUGGCACCGCAGCAUGCAAGGGGUUCCUCAACUAG